GAUUAUCCAUUUUCGUUUCCAUUUCACGUCUCCUGAAAAUUCCCAAAUUCUCUUGCAGAUUCUUGAGGAACCCUAGAAUUCCAUCAUGAAUUUCUUCAAGUCAGUAUUCUCAGACGACCCAGAUCCAUCGAAUUCCGAAUCGGAAUCGGAAUCUCCCAAACAGGCGCACCCAGAACCCGAUUCCCCUCCGAAACAAUCCGGGUCAAAUCCAAACCCUACCUCUAGUCGGUGGAACUUCGGGACUCUUAUCCAAACCCUAGCUACCAGAUCAGAGUCUGUGAUUGAGACGUACCGACGCGAUCUCGAGGAGUUCGGGACGGGUCUGAAGAAGGAGAUCGAGGUGGCUCAGGGCUCGCUUGGGACGGUGGGGCACGCAAUUGAUGAAUUUGGUAACUCCGUCUUGAAAGGGACGGCCCAGAUCAUUGCUCAAGGGAAGGAGGCGAUCCUUGCCGCUGAUAAUGAGUCGGAUUCUUCUACGGAUACUCUAAAUACUCAACGGAGCUUGAACUCGAAAAGGUAUAGUCGUUUUGAUGCUCAGGUUCGUGCAGUUCAGGGCGAUAUCAAUACCUACUCUGAGGAGCCUGAGGAUUUGGAGGAUUAUAAUAGGUGGCGAUUAGGGUUUGUGUUGGAGGGGAAGGAGGAAGAAAUUGAAGGACUAUUAGAGGAGAAUGGGGAAAUUAAGAAUAUUUAUAAAAGGGUUGUACCAAGUAGUGUUGAUCAUGAUACUUUCUGGUGUAGGUAUUUCUACAGGGUAUUCAAGCUUAAGCAAGCUGAAGAUUUGAGGGCUAAUCUUGUGAAGAGAGCGAUUUCAAGAAAAGAGGAGGAAGAGUUGAGUUGGGAUGUUGAUGAUGAUGAGGAUGAAGAACAGGAAGAUGAGAGAAAUGUGGAUCCAAAAGCCAAUUUAAAGGGAGUAGAAAAUAGGGGUAGCAAAGAUCAUAAUGAAAUUGCGAAGGAGGAGGGUGAAGAAGAUUCAAAGGGUGAUUCAUCAGAUGACAAGUUGGGUACCAAGAAGGAUUCUGAGCAAAUUGAGACUGAAAAGGGAAAGAAUGUUGUGGAGGAACCCCAAGUAGCUAGUUCUGCUGUUGUUGAAGAUAAGGAAGAGAAGAUGCCUGAUUUGAAAAAGGAAGAUGAAGGUAGUGUUGCUGAAUCAAAUGUGAACCAAAUGGAGAAGAAGGAUGUGGUGGAUAAGGAAGAUUCAGUAUUGAAUUCCGCUGAGAAAGUGGCUGUGGGAGGGAAGGCUGAUAAUGGGGAGUCUAGUAAUGGUAAAGAUAGUGACUUUUCUGUUGUAUCAAGCCAGCCAUCAAUGCCAGAGGAAGAAGACCUUGGGUGGGAUGAGAUUGAGGAUUUGAGCAGCAUUGAUGAUAAGAAAGUGACUCCAGAUGGAAGUUUGAGCCCCAAAAGAGCCGAUCUGAGAAAGCGACUAAGUGCUGCAGAAGAAGAGGAGGAUUUGAGCUGGGAUAUCGAAGAUGAUGAUGACCCAGCUAAAUCUUGAACCCAAAUGUCAAGUUUUACUCUCAGAAUGUAAAUUUAUUAUUCCUAGAAUUUAUUGCAUUCUGUUAAUUGUUAUUCUUUUUUCAUCCAUAUUUGUUCCUGUAAGUGUUGCAUAGUGGGAAGAAUUGUUUUCCCUCAUGGUUUGCAAUGCAAAAUGUCUCUUUGCCUCUGUAUUUUUGGUAUAUGUGACAUGAAAUUCAAGCAACUACACGUGUUCACAAUCAUAUAAAUGUUGCCUUUCAAU